GUAAUGUAGGGUAUGUAAACAUUAUAUAAAGUGGCAUUGAUUAAAGUGACUAGUGAUACAUUUAUUACAUCCAAUUUUUUAUUACUAAAGUGGCUAGAGAUUUGAGUCAGUAUGUUGGCAGCAGCCACGCAAUGUUAGUGAUGGCUGUUUAACAGUCUGAUGGCCUUGAGAUAGAAGCUGUUUUUCAGUCUCUCGCUUCCAGCUUUGAUGCACCUGUACUGACCUCGCCUUCUGAAUGAUAGCGGGGUGAACAGGCAGUGGCUCGGGUGGUUGUUGUCCUUGAUGAUCUUUUUGGCCUUCCUGUGACAUCGGGUGGUGUCGGUGUCCUGGAGGGCAGGUAGUUUGCCACCGGUGAUGUGUGGUGCAGACCUCACUACCCUCUGGAGAGCCUUGCGGUUGUAGGCGGAGCAGUUGCCGUACCAGGCAGUGAUACAGCCCGACAGGAUGCUCUCAAUUGUGCAUCUGUAAAAGUUUGUGAGUGUUUUUGGUGAUACGCCGAAUUUCUUCAGCCUCCUGAGGUUCAUCUCCUUUGUUUUGUUGACGUUGAGUGUGAGGUUAUUUUCCUGACACCACACUCCGAGGGCCCUCACCUCCUCUGUAGGCCGUCUCGUCGUUGUUGGUAAUCAAGCCUACCACUGUAGUGUCGUCUGCAAACUUGUUGAUUGAGUUGGAUGCGUGUAUGGCCACGCAGUCGUGGGUGAGCAGGGAGUACAGGAGAGAGCUGAGAACGCAUCCUUGUGGGGCCCCAGUGUUGAGGAUCAGCGGGGUGGAGAUGUUGUUUCCCACCCUCACCAACUGGGGGCGGCCUGUUUGAAAGUCCAGGACCCAGUUGCACAGGGCGGGGUCGAGACCCAGGGUCUCGAGCUUAAUGACGAGUUUGGAGGGUACUAUGGUGUUAAAUGCUGAUCUGUAGUCGAUGAACAGCAUUCUUACAUAGGUAUUCCUAUUAUCCAGAUGGGUUUGGACAGUGUGCAGUGUGAUUGCGAUUGCGUCGACUGUGGACCUAUUGGGGCGGUAAGCAAAUUGGAGUGGGUCUAGGGUGUCAGGUAGGGUGGAGGUGAUAUGGUCCUUGACUAGUCUCUCAAAGCACUUCAUGAUGACGGAAGUGAGUGCAAUGGGGCGAUAGUCGUUUAGCUCAGUUACCUUAGCUUUCUUGGGGACAGGAACAAUGGUGGCCCUCUUGAAGCAUGUGGGAAAAGCAGACGGAGAUAGGGAUUGAUUGAAUAUGUUCGUAAACACACCAGCCAGCUGGUCUGCGCAUGCUCUGAGGACGCAGCCUUGCGAGGGUUAACAUGUUUAAAUGUUUUACUCACGUUGGCUGCGGUGAAGGAGAGGCCGCAGGUUUUGGUAGCGUGCCGUGUCGGUGGCACUGUAUUGUCCUCGAAGCGAGCAAAGAAGUUGUUUAGUUUGUGUGGGAGCAAGACAUCGGGGUCCGCGACGGGCCUGGUUUUCUUUUUGUAGUCCGUGAUUGACUGUAGACCCUGCCACAUACCUCUCGUGUCUGAGCUGUUGAAUUGCGACUCUAUACUGACGCUUAUCUUGUUUGAUUGCCUUGCGGAGGGAAUAGCUACACUGUUUGUAUUCGGUCAUGUUUCUGGUCGCCUUGCCCUGAUUAAAAGCAGUGGUUUGCGCUUUCAGUUUUGCGCGAAUGCUGCCAUCAAUCCACGGUUUCUGGUUGGGGAAGUUUUUAAUUGUUGCCGUGGGUACAACAUCACCGAUGCACUUGCUAAUAAACUCUCUCCCCAAAUCAGCGUAUACAUCAAUGUUGUUGUUUGAUGCUAUCCAGAACAUAUCCUAGUCCACGUGAUCGAAGCAAUCUUGAAGCGUGGAAUCAGAUUGCUUGGACCAGCGUUGAACAGACCUGAGCACAGGCGUUUCCUGUUUUAGUUUCUGUCUAUAGGCUGGGAGCAACAAAAUGGAGUCGUGGUCAGAUUUGCAGAAUGGAGGGCGAGGGAGGGCUUUGUAUGCGUCGCGGAAGUUAGAGUAACAAUGAUCCAGAAUUUUUCCAGCCCGGGUCGCGCAUUCGAUAUGCUGAUAAAUUCUAGGGAGCCUUGUUUUCAGAUUAGCCUUGUUAAACUCCCCAGCUACAAUAAAUGCAGCCUCAGGAUAUGUGGUUUCCAGUUUACAUAGAGUGCAAUGAAGUUCUUUCAGGGCCGUCGAGGUGUCUGCUUAGGGGGGGAUGUACAUGACUGUGAUUAUAAUCGAAGAUAAUUCUCUUGGUAGAUAAUGCGGUCGUCAUUUGAUUGUAAGGAAUUCUAGGUCAGGUGAAGAAAAGGACUUGAGUUCCUGUAUGUUGUUAUGAUGACAUCACGACUCGUUAAUCAUAAGGCAUACACCCCCGCCCUUCUUCUUACCAGAAAGAUGUUUGUUUCUGUCGGCGCGAUGCGUGAAGAAAUCAGGUGGCUGUACUGACUCUGAUAACAUAUCCCGAGUGAGCCAUGUUUCCGUGAAACAGAGAAUGUUACAAUCUCUGAUGUCUCUCUGGAAGGUAACCCUUGCGGUGGGCGGUGUGCCCAUCUACGGAGCCUGACCAGAAGACCGCUCCGUCUGCCUCUUCUGCGGCACCGUUGUUUUGGGUCGCCUGCUGGUAUCUGAUCCAUUGUCCUGGGUGGUGGAACAAACAGAGGAUCCGCUUCGGGAAAGUCGUAUUCCUGGUCGUAAUGUUGAACCAUCAAUCUUCCACCAUUCUCUCGGAAGAAGAAGAUGGCUCCUCCCUGAUUGGUGACUCAACCAGCCAAUGGUCAGCCACAAUGGACAGUGAAGAGGACAGGAGGAGUGCCUUAGAGAAGAGCAUAUAUGUGCUGACAGAGCUGAUAGAGACAGAGAAGAUGUAUGUUGACGAUCUGGGAUUCAUAGUGGAGGGCUACAUGGCCAGCAUGGCCAGUCAGGGGAUCCCAGAGGACAUGAAGGGCAAAGACAAGAUAGUGUUCGGGAACAUUCACCAGAUCUAUGACUGGCAUAAAGACUAUCUUCUGGGCGAGCUGGAGAAGUGUGUGGCUGAGCCCAACAGACUGGCCCAACUCUUCAUCAAGCAUGAGCGGCGUCUCCACAUGUACGUAGUGUACUGUCAGAACAAGCCCAAGUCAGAGCACAUUGUCUCAGAGUAUAUCGAGACCUAUUUUGAGGAGCUGAGGCAGCAGCUGGGCCACAGACUACAACUCAACGACCUGCUUAUCAAACCAGUACAGAGGAUCAUGAAAUACCAACUACUGCUCAAGGACUUCCUGAAGUACUACACCAAAGCAGGAAGGGAUACCUCAGAGCUGGAGAGAGCGGUGGAGGUGAUGUGUUUUGUGCCCAAGCGAUGUAAUGAUAUGAUGAACGUGGGCAGACUGCAGGGCUUUGAGGGGAAGAUCACAGCCCAGGGGAAACUGCUGCAGCAGGACACCUUUACAGUUAGUGAGCAGGACAGCAGCUUCCUGUCCCGUGCCAAAGAGAGGCGGGUCUUCCUGUUUGAACAGCUGGUCAUUAUCAGUGAACCAAUCGAUAGGAAGAAGGGCUUCUCUCUGCCAGGGUACACCUUUAAAAACAGCAUCAAGCUCAGUUGUCUGGGUGUGGAGGACCACUGUGAGGAGGACCCAUGUCGUCUGGUCCUGACGUCCCGCGGGGCUGAUGGGAGCGUGGCACGCUUCGUCCUGCAGGCCUCGUCCCAGGAGACUCGGAGGGCCUGGGUCAACGACGUUGUCCAGAUCUUGGAGACCCAGAGGAAUUUCCUCAACGCUCUCCAGUCUCCAAUAGAGUACCAGCGCAGGGAGAGUAAGUCCAACAGCCUGAGAGGAGCCAUGAAUGCUCCCGUUGCACCGACCUCUGGCCUGCGACCCCAUUCCUCUGCCUCCAUUGACCGCCACCGGCUACCCAACCUGCGCUCUUACAAUACCUCCUUGCCCUCCCUCCACCUGCCCAGCCAGCCCCCUGCAGACACACAGUCCCCACUGUAUCUUAGCCCUGCGACACCCCGUCCCUCCCAUCUCCCUCUGACCAGCCCUCAGCAGCUCAGCAAUGGCCUGCGCCCCCCUGCCCAGCACAGCUUGCAGGGUGGUAUUGACAGAUACCAUGGACCCAUGCCGGGGGAGGGAGGAGAUUAUGCACCAAAUCACUCUGGCAACCAUGAUCAGCUGACAGAUCUCUCUCUGCAUGAGCAUGAGUGCUGAUGAUGUGUGAUGACCUUUGGCCUCACAUACUGAAAGCUGCCCCUAGAUGCUGAUAUUAGUUCAGUUUUGCGUUAUCCCCAGUAAUGGCUAAGGUUCGGUUUGGGCGAUGGGGAAGCUGAUCCUAGAUCUGUGCCUAGAGGAGACUUCACCCUGGAGUUAAUGAGUGGCAGGCUGAGAGACCCCUGGCUGGGGGCCUGCGGCGGGGUCACUCCUUGUGAUUACCCUAAUAUUGCUAUAUUACUAUUACUAUGGUAUCUCUAGCUUGUAAUAAGGAUUAUUUUGUGGGUAUUUCUGUCAUUAUAUUAUAUUUUCUACUAUUUUGAAACCUCUACUUACUAUUGUGAUGUGAGAAGUGAAGCAGAAUUGCAGCCUCUAUGGUGUUUCUGUGAGAGAAUUGGAAAAGUAACCAAUGGUCUCUGAUGUUGACAGUGUGUGUGUGUGUGCGCAUGUUGGUAUGUAUAUGUGACUGGUACAUUGCAUCUGUGAUGCGAUGGUAGCUGUUCACACUGCAAAUACAGUACAGUACCCCUAAGUUUGUCAAGAGUUUAUACAUGAUUGAACUUCAUAUGGUGACAUUUUGAACACAAUUUGGUUUCAUAAAGAAAUUAUAGACAUUUGGGACCGCUUCUUAAGUCGCCAACUAUUUACUGUUGCUUUAUCUUAAACAGGCGAACCAUAUUACCAUUAUGCCACUGCUACGUGUGACAGCUUCUAUCACUUUGUACAAGAAGGGAAGCAAAGACUAGUGGGCGAUAAUGGCAUGUCUAUUCUCUGUCUCUCUUUUUAUAUAGCUUACCAGUAUGCUCCUAUCCUGAAUUCAUCCUCGUCACUAUUUCAUAAAGCAGCCUUUGGGUCAAGAGUGUUGACAUACAGUAAUGACGUUGUAGUCCUGAUACAGUUUUGAAAUUUAUUGUGGGACGGAAUCUGUCCAGGAGUUGAGCAGCUGCAGUCAUGAUUGUCUACUCUAUACAUACCAAGCAGCGCAGUAAUAAUUGAUACGUUUUCCUUCAUUUUAGCGGCUAUUUUAACACUGCCAUUGUUCCAACGUUAUCUGAAGAAAACACACGGAAACUCACACAAAGCCCACUCAUAGCUGAAGGAGAGAGAGGAAAAGGGAACAAAGAUCAAGGGGUUGUUCAUCUGUCAAUGUCAUUAUGAAUGUAAAUAAUAUUCUGUGGGACUAUAUCAAUAAAUAAAACAUGCAACACAGCA